AUGGACCCACUGCCGGGUAUCCCUGUGACCUCUAAGGAGGGUAUGGUAUGCAAACUACGAAAAUCUUUAUAUGGAUUAAGCAGUCUUCAAGAGCUUGGUUUGGGAGGUGACUUGAAGUACUUUCUCGGGAUUGAAGUGGCCAGAUCUAAGCAUGAUAUUUUCUUGUCUCAAAGGAAGUACGUUUUAGAUUUACUUGCAGAAACUGGAAUGUUGGAUUGUAAACCAAUUGAUACUCCUAGUGAACAGAAUCACAAGUUGGGGUUAUAUCUUGAUCAAGUUCAUACUAAUAAGGAGCGCUAUCAACGACUUGUGGGGAAAUUAAUUUAUUUAGCUCAUACACGUUUUGACAUUGCGUAUGCAUAUGGUCAUACAGAUGUGAAAGGAUACACAGAUGCUGAUUGGGCAGGUUCAGCUACUGAUAGGCAUUCUAUGUCUGGGUAUUUUACGUUUGUUGGUGGUAAUCUUGUUAUUUGGAGAAGCAAGAAACAAAAGGUGGUGUUUCGAUCUAGUGUUGAGGUCGAGUAUCGUGGAAUGGCCCAUGGUGUAUGUGAGUUACUGUGGUUGAGGAGAUUAUUGAGAGAUAUUGGCUUUGGGUCUAAGAAACCAAUGGAUUUAUAUUGCGAUAAUAAGGCUACGAUUGCAAUUGCUCAUAACCCUGUACAACAUGAUUGUACAAAGCAUGUGGAGGUUGAUCGAAAUUUCAUUAAACAAAAGUUGGAUGCGGAGAUUGUUUCUUUCCCAUUCAUCAGUUCUGAGUAUCAGUUAGCCGAUGUCCUUACGAAGGCUGUUUCUACUAGUAUCUUCUACAACUUGCUUGACAAGUAG